CAGUUUGGAUUCUAAGAGGAGGGGAAAGAGGAGGAGGAGGAGCUGGACGAAAGUGGUGUCCGUCUCGGUGCGGGUUUUGCUGCUCUAAGUUCCUCUUCCAAGCCUGCUGCUGCUGGUUUUAUGAAAGCCUGUGUCAUCGCGCCUAACUGGGGCGAGAGCAGGGGAGGAAAAUCCCUGUCAGCCAAAUUUGGCACUGGUUAGAGGAGGAGGAGGAGGAGGAGGAGGACUUCGACCACGGCGAGGGACAGAAGAAAUGCCACCUUCAGUGAUUGGUGGCGCCUGCUGAAACGGGCGAGCCAGCCAAAGCCCUGCUUGCCAGGCGCAGUCUAAGGCUGCCCAACUCCGGAGUGGCUGAGCUGGAAAUGCCACCGAAUUAGCGGCGCCUUUCCCGGCUCGGCGCGUGAAGGGCUCCCGCUCCUCCUGCUCCUCCUCUUCUUCUUCUUCUUUUCCCCCACCUCUCCGGCCCCUCCCCGCUUUUUCCCUGCUCGGCUCUCCCGCUCUCUAAAAUGACGAUCGGCUCGGAAACCUCAUCAUGGCCAACGGGACGGGGGCGGCGGCGACAGUCAUGCUGAAGUGCGUGGUGAUCGGCGACGGAGCGGUGGGCAAAACUUGCCUGCUCAUGAGCUAUGCCAACGACGCCUUCCCGGAGGAGUACGUGCCCACAGUCUUUGACCAUUACGCAGAGAGAAGAGACCAAAUAUGCCGAUCCCCCUUCCCCAGUUCAUCCUCUCUUUCUUUUUGCAGUCAGUGUGACAGUUGGGGGCAAGCAAUACCUUCUUGGGCUUUAUGACACUGCUGGACAGGAAGACUAUGAUCGCCUCAGACCACUGUCAUACCCCAUGACAGAUGUUUUCCUCAUCUGUUUCUCUGUGGUAAAUCCGGCUUCUUUCCAGAAUGUGAAGGAGGAAUGGGUACCAGAACUUAAAGAAUAUGCACCAAAUGUACCUUAUUUAUUGGUUGGAACCCAGAUUGAUCUUCGUGAUGAUCCUAAAACAUUAGCACGGCUAAACGAUAUGAAAGAAAAACCAAUAUGUAUGGAACAGGGCGUUAAAUUAGCAAAAGAGAUAGGAGCCUAUUGCUAUGUGGAAUGCUCAGCUUUAACACAGAAAGGCUUGAAGACUGUUUUUGAUGAAGCCAUUAUAGCCAUUCUAACUCCAAAGAAACACACAAUGAAAAAGAGAAUAGGUUCAAGAUGCAUUAAUUGUUGCCUGAUCACAUGAAAGCUGCUGGGACAAUGGCCACACAUAUUGUGAAAAUUGUGACACUGUGCAAAUAUACACUUCAAGACAGCAACACCUUAUUACGAAAUCCACUGAUUGACAGGGAAGCCGAUUUUAGGAACUGGCAUUUGGUGAAACCUACAGGGGGAGGGAGAAAAUCACAAAUAUGCGAAGCAGCAAGCAUCAUCUACUGUGAAGAUUUUAUUCAUAUGGGAAGGAACGUACAAUCUCUCAGGGGUAAUGUAGUUUAGGACAUACAACAAAUGUAUGAUCACAUUGCCGGCACAUGUUGACCAUGCUGUAAAACAAGAAGAGUAAAGCCCAACAACGCUCUGAAAAGAUUUGGAAAGCCUUUUGCUUUGACCAUAGCCCUGUGCAAUCUUCAUGGGAUCUCACAAUCAAAACGCCUUUCCUCCUUGUGCCAGUUAUCUGCUUUUGUAUGUAAGCUGCUUUCUAUUCCAAUAUAUCCACGAAGAUGCAAUAAGGAGACCGGCCACGUAGCCCAAGGUGGCUCCAAGUGAACAGGAAAUGGGCCAUACCUGAAAGAGGAAAAUGCUGCAUUAGAAGAAGAAAAGGAUGAACUUCAAUGAGCACAAGUUUUUGGUAUGACUGAAAGACACCAAAAUGGGGUACAGAAUCCUUUGCAAAGCUUGACAUGCUUUUACCCAGAAUGGAAAAAAAAAAAGGGGGGGGGCGUAAUAGCUAUCAAACAUGUGUUAGGAAUAUGAACAAUUGUACAGUUUUUAAAGUGCAUUAAAGUGUAACUAGCUGGUGGCUAUUGCAUAUGAUGCUUGAUCAGAACCAGGUAAGAAAUAUGUGGUGUAUCUGUGGUCAGAGCAGUUGAUGUAUUCUUAUUUUCCAGUUAAUUUGCCGUUUUGUUUUUAAGCUGCUCCUUCUCCCUUCCCUACUACAUUCUUUCAAUCCUAGGUAGCUGGGUAACAGAGUUGACAUUGAAGCACAAUGGAAUGAAACAUAUUAAAGGAGACCAUAAUCAAAGAGAAAGGCAGGGGUACACGUCAUAAUGACUGCUUCAUGCAAUGACUUUUCAUUGCAAUAGCCAUGUAUAUUUGCAAGGCAAAGUUCUGCUAUCAUGCUAGAAAUUAGAGCUGAGCAUCUAUCUUCUGUGGAUAGAAGGUUCUCCCUCAUUGGUGGCUUCUGAUCCAAGAGAAAAACCCCUGUAAUAAAAUGGAAAAACUGCUGGUCUUUCCCAAUUUACCGCUUUUCCUGCAGUUUUCUGAAGCUGCUUAUGGUCCACAAUAUUAGGGGAAUGAAACUGGGUUCUAUACCGAAAUGCCCCGUUUUUACCAGCAAGAGAAAUGUGAGCAGAAGUUGGUUCAGGGAAUGCUCCCAUGGUUGGAACUAGAUCCAGCCAUCCUUAAAAGAAGUUGAUCUCUCUUUUUCAACUCUUCCUACCUCUUGGUGCUGUUCUCAAAUGAAAUUAAUUGGCAUUAAUGAAUUCCUGAAAUUUUUUUACUGCUGUGUGUUAUAUGUGCACUUGGAAUUCCAAGUUGGGUAGAUAAUGUGGAGCUGCAGUUUAUAUCCCAAUAUUCCUCUGAGUUUAGUCAAGAUUUGAAACAUGUAAGGAUGAAAAUUCUGGGAGCAGUGCCAGAUAUUUAUGUGGAAUUCCUUAGUUAGUAUUACACAGCUGAAGAUAUAAACAUGGCAGCAGAAUCCCCCAUUUAUGCAGCACUAUCUGAAUUUAAGCCUUAAAACUGUACUCUAAGAUCUGUUUGUGAUGGGUGAAAUCAUAAGUAGCUAUCCAGAUCCACCCAGAAUAAAAUGAAGAUAGUAUUCUACUUGUAUGUAAGAACUCGGGCUAUUAAUCAGUCAAAGACAUAAUUAAAAAAGCCAGCUAAUUGAUCAACUGAAAUGGAGUCUGAAUGGAACAAAAUAACUAUACAGAAAAAGCAUACUUGUCAUUUUAAAAAAAAUAACAUCAUAGCAUAUCCUAGAGGAGAAAGCUUCAGAAUGUUAAAAAAAUAAAUACUACUUCCAAGAUAGUGCCUGCUUUCUAAUGUGUGUGUGUGUGUCUACACACACACAUACACACACACAUACACACAUAUAGACAUACACAAAAGAUAAGAUUUAAAAGUUGGUCAAUUAUGAAGGGUACCUUUUUAGCAAUAAAACAGUUUUGAUUGGUUUUACUGAUUAACUCACGAAAUGUCACAGUGUAAUAAAAAUGAAUGCAUUGCAAAUGAAUGCUGCUUUAAAUUCCAAUGGAUAUGCAAUCAAUUGAGUUCCUUAAUUAGACAAGGCAUCAUUUUGAUCAUUUUUCUUUCUUGAAGUGAAAUCCAGUCCAAGCUGGAUUUAUUUGGGCAAGACAAGAAAUAUUUGCUGCUUAACAAUAGAUGAAAUUAUAAAAAAAGAAUUUUUAUAUAUAACUCUACAGAGGCGUUUUCCUCUUUCAUUUUUGCUGCUUAACAAUGACAGGAGGAAGGGGUUGCUGCCACAGAGGGAAUGGACGAGUUGAGGUUCAACAGGACUACAUUUUUAUAAUUAUGAAUGCGUCCUGCAGCUGCAAGUUCAUUCUUAAAGCAUAUUGAAAAUGUUUAAAUUUUAAAAAAAUGGUUAGAGUUUAUUAAUGAGUUUUCAGAUUUGAAAUCUACAAGCUAUAAAUAUAAAGACAUUUUAGUGAAUAUUUUAAAGAGUAUUCAUUUCGAGCAAGCUACUUACCCCCAUUUUGUUAUGAAAGAUAAAAUUAAUUGCAGAUGGGAAUAUUUACGUAAAUGUAGAUAACAUGAAACCACCUUAAGAGACAUUCGCUCAUAGCUCUUUUGCCUGAGCUCUACAUGUGACAAAAAAGAGGAAUGGGGGCUAGCUAGUUCUACUAUUCUUUCAUGCUCAUCUUGCUUCUCCACACUGAAAUCAAUUGUUCAAAGAUUCUGUAACCCAGGGAGGAGUCUUACUGUACAGCUGCCCUUCACAUAUAGAAGGUAGUGAGAAUAGGGAAGGAAGGGUUUGUUCAUCCCAUCUCCUUACACACACACACACACACACACACACACGCAUACAUGAGAGCCGUUGAACAGGCUACAUCUUGCUUAACCAAGCCUAUAUUUAUUUCCACUCUGCUGAGUUUUCUGAGUCUCUUAGAAAAGGGUCUCUUAACCUAUGAAUGCAAACUGCUGGCACAGUAGCCUUCCUUGGCAUGAAUCACAUUCUGCUCUAAGCUAGCUACUCUAAAAUGAUUCUUAGAACGAUGAACUUGUGGCCAAAACCCAACUUUGUGCAAAGACACAGCUCCUGCAUGCACGACCAUUGCACGUAGUGUAAAUAAUCUGGCCUGAAGAACUGGGAAUGUCUUGCUCUCCCUUUUAGAGUUGCAAAUAUAACACUGCAGCAAUCAUAGUUAUCUGCUCCAAUGUUAAAGUUGUUACUCUGUGCUCUUAAUAUGGAUGAUAUACAAUGAUCCAUACCAUUUCUAUGGUAUUAAAAGUAUGCACAGAUAUUUUCAACAAUCAUUGCGGUGUCAGUGGGACCCCUUAGUACAUUGGUGGGCUGACCUGUAGACGUCUUUCAGCUAUUUUCAUGUAAUACCCUAUGAUUACAUCUCUCAGGACAACUCUCAUGAUUCUCAGCAAUUAUGAUUAGGAUUUGGCUCUUGCAAUGAAGUACAUCCAAAGAAUUGUGCAUCCAAGCUUAAAAACUGAUCUAACUGUUUGGGAGUUCAUACAGACAACUAUUUACUAGAAUUUAUUUAUGUAUAAGGCAAUGCCCAGUUAGACAAACCAGAGAACUGCUAUCAAAAUCCAUGAACUUUAACUUUCUUAAUACCGAUGGUUUAUUUUGAUAAAAGACUUUUAAACAUUUAGGGAAAAUUAAAGAUUAAAUUAUUUGAUUAAUGAAUUGGCUUUAGUUCCAAAACCUGUUUGCCCAAAUAGCACAAUAGAGGUCAUCUUUUAAUUUAAAUGAAGAAAAACAGUAUGUUGCAAUUUAUCUCUCCUCUUUUGUAGAAGGCUGUAGGUCCAGGCUACCUUUACCUUUUGCUAUGCUAAGGUACAGGUACACACUAUAUUUCCUUAACCCUUAUAAAAGGCACAAUUUACAAUCCUUUGUCCUUCAUCUUGUUUUUUAUUCAUCUCCUGGACUACAAAUGAAAUGUAAUCCAGGCAAUAUAAUGCAAAACAGUCUGUGUGUGGGUGGCAUUUAGCUCCUGUCUCCAGCUUUUGCAAUAUGCAGGCAUACCAACAAAUUAUAGAAUAUCUUUUCUUACGGUUGUUUUGGAAACAUAAUUGACAGACGUUUGAUUCUACCUGGGGAGGCUAUUUCAAACCUAUUUCAAUUUUGAAAAGAGCAGGCAGGAAAAAAAGUCAACUUAUUCCAUAUGUUCUCCUAGCUGUUAGAUUUUCCAUCAUAUUCCGCAGGUAGGCCUCAAUUUACGACCACAAUUGGGACAAGGAAAUUCCUCAUUAAGUGGUAUGGUGGUUAAGUAAAUAGCGACUGCACCUAAUUUUGCAACUUUUUUUUCUUGCCAUGGUUGUUAAGCAAGAUACCGCAAUUUGUAACCUGCCCGGCUGACUUCCCUAUUGACUUUGCUUGUUGGAAGCUAAUUGGGAAGGUCACAAAUUAUCAUCUCAUGACUCCAGACCACUGCAACCAUUGUAAAUACAUGCCAGUUGCCAAAUGCCUGAAACACAAUCAUAUGACUUUUGGGAUGCUGCAAUAGUCAUAAGUGUGAGGACUGGUUGUAAAUCACUUUUUUCAGCGCUUGUAACUUUAAACAUUUGCUAAACCAAUGGUGGUAAAUCAAGGACUACCUGGAAUGCAUCAAACCAGCUCCUUUGUUGUUUGUAAUCUGUUUUGAUUUGAUCUUUUGUGCUUAAUCUUCAUAUCACUAAAUGUGCAUUUAGUGUGUUAUAUAUCUAGCAUUAUUUGGAGGUCUUCAGAAGAGCAGUCAAAAUAAUAAUAAUAUGUUCAUAAGGUGCCUUAGGGACUCUUACUGACCUUGCUUCAGCCUUGUAUUUACAGCUGAAAAAGAAAGGUCACCAUUUCAAUUUGUCAUGCCUGCUUUUUCAAACCAAAGAUUUGUUUAUUCAUGUUCAGUAACAUGGCAUUGCAUAUUUUCUGCAGAAUGUUAAACAGUGUAUAUUUCAGUACUAACAUACUGCGCUAUUUGGUCUGGUGAAGGCUGAAUUUCUAAUGGACAUUUUCUUUCAAAAUAAAUUCAAUCUCUUCAGGAAUUAACCAGACAUUAAACAAUAAUAAAAAAAAUAAUCUGG